AUGAAGAUCCGUGUCCUACUGCUGUUGUUCCUGUUUGAGGCCCACAGCCACGCAGCCUCAAGGCCCAACUUCGUCCUGCUGAUGGCCGACGACCUUGGCAUCGGAGAUCCUGGUUGCUAUGGGAACGAGACGCUCAGGACGCCCAAUAUUGACCGGUUGGCUGAAGGAGGAGUGAAGCUCACUCACCACCUGGCAGCUUCGCCCCUGUGCACACCAAGUAGGGCAGCGUUCAUGACAGGCCGGUACCCCAUCCGAUCAGGAAUGGCAUCUCAGUCCCUCACGGGGGUGUUUAUCUUCUCGGCCUCUUCUGGAGGACUUCCCACCAGUGAGAUUACCUUUGCCAAGCUUCUCAAGAAUCAAGGCUAUUCAACCGCUCUGAUAGGCAAGUGGCACCUUGGGACAAACUGUCACAACAAGACAGACUUUUGUCACCACCCCUUGAGCCACGGCUUUGACUAUUUCCAUGGGAUCCCCAUGACCAAUUUGAGGGACUGCAAGCCCGGAGAAGGCAGCGUCUUCACUGGGGGCAUCAGGGCGCUGGUCUUCAUCCCCCUUCAGAUCAUUGCGAUCACGCUCCUCACCUUGGCGGUGGUCAAGUGCCUGGGGCUGGUGCAUGUGCCCCCCGGGAUCUUCGUCUGCCUUCUCUGCCUGGCCGCCAUGAUACUCGGCCUUCUGGUGUGCUUCCUGCAUUACUUCCGGCCCCUGAACUGCUUCCUGAUGAGGAACCAUGAGAUCACCCAGCAGCCCAUAUCCUACGACAACCUCAUGCAGAGGCUGACGGCGGACGCGGCCCAGUUCAUGCAACGGAACGCUGAGACGCCAUUCCUGCUGGUCCUGUCAUACCUCCACGUGCACACGGCCCUCUUCUCUUCCAAGGACUUCUCCGGCAAAAGCAAACACGGCGCAUACGGCGACGCUGUCGAGGAAAUGGACUGGAGUGUUGGGCAGAUCUUGAAUGUUCUAGAUGAGUUGAAACUGGCUAACAACACCCUCGUCUACUUCACCUCGGAUCAAGGAGCCCAUGUGGAAGAGGUGAGCGCCAAGGGAGAAGUCCACGGAGGCAGUAACGGAAUCUAUAAAGGGGGGAAAGCAAACAACUGGGAAGGAGGUAUCCGGAUUCCGGGCAUUCUUCGGUGGCCAGGGGUGAUAAAGGCUGGGCUAGAGAUUGACGAGCCAACGAGCAACAUGGACAUAUUUCCUACGGUGGUCAACCUCGCAGGAUCGCCAUUGCCCGAGGACAGAAUCAUUGAUGGACGUGACCUCAUGCCACUGCUUCAAGGGAAGACCCAACUCUCCGAUCAUGAGUUUCUCUUCCAUUACUGCAACUUCUACUUAAACGCUGUGCGCUGGCGCCCUCGGAACAGCACGUCCGUCUGGAAGGCCUUCUUCUUCACGCCCAAGUUCAACCCCGAGGGUGCCAACGGGUGCUUUUCCACACACGUGUGUUUAUGCCACGGGCAGUUUGUGAACCAGCAUCACCCGCCGCUGCUCUUCGAUAUUUCCAGAGACCCCAGGGAGAGAAACCCAAUAUCGCCGAUGACCGAGCCUCGCUUCCAGGAGAUCAUCGACGUCAUGCAGCAGGCUGCAGACCGCCAUGCCGAGACCCUGCAGGAGGUCCCCAAUCAGCUGUCACUGGGCAACAUUCUCUGGAAGCCGUGGCUUCAGAUGUGCUGCUCAUCUUCCGGGCUGUCCUGCCAGUGUGACCGGGAGGAACAGGCCAGGAGGGAGAGCCGCUAG